AUGAUGGUUAAACCUACUAAGAAUCAAAAGGCGGUUAGAUCAAAGCAUAACAAUGGGUUUAAAAAACCAAAGAAGAGCAUAUCACAUAGCGACAAGAAGAGGACAAAAAGUAAGGUGGAAAAAUUAGAUGCAAAGGGAUUACUGCCGAGUGAAAUAUUCAAAUUGAACCGCAGUGCAUCGAGUAAGACUUCUAAUGGUAGCUCAUCAUUAUUGGCAAGAAACCUCGAGCAAGAUCGUAAGAUGGAUCAAGAUACUCGGGAUAAGGCAAAUGCUAAGAAAAAGGAAACUGAUAACAAUAUUUUACAACAGAUUGAGAUGAUAUCAGGAUUUUCAUUAUGA